CUCUUUCAACCACCUCGAUAGCUCGCUAGCCAACAUAAAACUGAAAGAGUGACGCGUUACACCGUGUUUGUGUACAUUAGCUAAUCUCAGUGUUUUAAACACAUUUCUGUUGAUUUAUCAACUGAUGACCUUUAGCCUAAUUUGCUUGUUCAAUUUGCAAACUUGUUUAAGAUUGAUACUGAGCCUAGCACUAGGCUAGUCGCUAUUGCUAACUAACUAGCUAACAUCCCCGACCAUGAGCUCACUAAACUACUCCUCCCCUGCUAAAGAAGAGGGGGUCUGCUGUAUGGAGAAAGAAGCUCUGGGACUGAACAAUGUCGUGGAAGAUGAGGGUGUUACAGUGAAAGAAGAGGAGGCUGUUAUAGUGAAAGAAGAGGAGGCUGUUAUAGUGAAAGAAGAGGAGGCUGUUAUAGUGAAAGAAGAGGAGGCUGUUAUAGUGAAAGAAGAGGAGGCUGUUACAGUGAAAGAAGAGGAGGCUGUUACAGUGAAAGAAGAGGAGGCUGUUACAGUGAAAGAAGAGGAGGCUGUUACAGUGAAAGAAGAUGAGGCUGUUACAGUGAAAGCAGAGGAGGCUGUUACAGUGAAAGAAGAGGAGGCUGUUAUAGUGAAAGAAGAGGAGGCUGUUAUAGUGAAAGAAGAGGAGGCUGUUACAGUGAAAGAAGAGGAGGCUGUUAUAGUGGAAGAAGAGGAGGCUGUUAUAGUGGAAGAAGAGGAGGCUGUUACAGUGAAAGAAGAGAUAGCAUCCUCUUCCUCUCUAAAAGUUUCUAUCUCAAUAAAGGUGAAGGAGGAAGACGUUUUGGGAGUGAAAGAGGAGGAGACAGAAUAUCAGAUUAAUACCAGAGAAAGAACAGACUCAGAGGAACCAGAGCCAGGGAGGUCCAAACCAGCAAGACGACACCAGUGUUCCAACUGUGGAAAGUGUUUUAACCAGUUUGGGGACCUGAAACGACAUGAGAGAAUACACACCGGGGAGAAGCCUUACCAUUGCUCCCAGCGUGGAAAGAGUUUCCAAAGGAAAGGACACCUAAACCAACACGAGAAAAUACACACAAGGGAGAAGCCUUUUCACUGCUCCCAGUGUGGAAAGUGUUUUUGCCAGUUAGGGGACCUAAAACGACAUGAGAGAAUACACACAGGGGAGAAGCCUUAUCACUGCUCCCAGUGUGGAAAGUGUUUUAACCAGUUAGGGGAACUAAAACGACAUGAGAGAAUACACACAGGGGAGAAACCUUACCAAUGCUCACAGUGUGGAAAGAGUUUUAACCAGAAAAGCUACCUGAAAAUACAUGAGAGAACACACACGGGAGAAUCCUUACCACUGCUCACAGUGUGGAAAGAGUUUUAACCUGUCAGGGGACCUGAAACGACAUGAGCAAAUACACACAGUGGAGAAGCCUUACCACUGCUCCCAGUGUAGAAAGGUUUUGCAAGCCUGAAAGAACACAUGAGACAGCACACAGAGGAGAAGGCUUACAAAAGCUCAGACUGUGGGAAAACAUAUUACUCAUCACAGUCACUUAAAGGUCAUUAGAGAAUCCACACAGGAGAGAGAAAUUACUUCUCUUAGCGUGUAUAUUGAUAUUUCACGUCACAUUGACUUUAAAUUCAUCAGAGAACAUACACAGUGCUCCCAUUGUCUUAUAUUGUUGACUGCUAAUGAUUACCUUUUUUUACCAUAUUGAAUUGUACAAAGUAUACUUAAACAUAUAUUUGUAUGUUUUUAUUAGAAAACAUGAAUUGAAUAUGGAGUUGGUCAGUUUGAAUAUAGAGUAGGUCAGAUUCCUUCUGUUUUAAAUGGUCCUUUUUUUAACUCUGACACUGUGUGUGUGUUUAUCUGGGUGUCAUUCCUACAGCACUACAGAUAAUCAAGUGAUAUUUGGAUGUGAUGCAUUUGUUCCGUCGUUUACAUUUGCAAUGUUGGCCCACUGAUGAUUUAAUGAAAUGAAAAUGUUCACAGACUCUGUAAUGCAAAAUGUUAAUUGUAUGUGUCCACAUAUCUGAGUAUGUGACUUGUGGUGGAUGAAUCAGAAUUAGUUGGGUAACAUAGAUAAUUAAGAUGUCUUAUCUGCAUAAUAUCCUGAUGUGAUAUACUUGUUAUUAGAAUGUAUCCCUUCGGACUCUGGUGUUGGCAGUUGCACUUCUUCCCUCAGCUGGGGCUCAGUCACCUGGGGCCCAGAGAGGGGAGAGGUCAGGCUUGUCUUUCACAUGUCCCUGGUGCUAUGCAGAAUAUCAGGAAGGGAAGAGGACAGGAGGGAACAUUGUCUUCAUAUGUGAAUGUAUCUGUUAAACUAUGUGAAGGGAUGGUGUGAUUAAUGGGGAACCAAUUACUGGUUUCCACAAUGUCUGUGCGCAAGUCACUCCCUCCUUUGGCAUUGGGAGAGGUGUAUGGCAGUGUCUGGAACCACUGUAUGUCCUCUCUGAUGUUGCACUUAUCCUGGGAUAGUGUAUGACCUAGAGGCUCACUCCCCUCAGUGAGCUUGUCCAGGAGUGGGGUCAAGAAGGGGUUUUACUUGAGAUGGGAGUAUCUAGAGUUGACAAUUGAGUUAUGCCAUUGGAUGAGUUGGUGUUUUUGUGCUAUGAAGUACCAGGAAAGAGAUUAGAACCUCGUCUUAGGGACCAAACUGAAUGAUAAAUUAUAGCGAACGCUAUCUGGCUACAGGAUACUCCUUUCUCAUUAUAAAGUCUCACUUUGUAAACUGUUCCUAAUAUCUGUGGUUUAUGUCGACUAGGGGGUGGAUCUUUGCUAUAAAAGAUCUCAGUAGCCAUUGUGUUGCCACUCUCAACGGUUCAUUAGAAAUAGUGAAUUGUUGAAAGUCAUUGCAAAGAUCUUAUUAUUAAAGAUGUAGUUUAAGUAUAACUCUGA